ACACACCCUCCCUCAUGCCCAACGUUUCGACAGAGCUUCCUUCAAUUUGCAGAAACGAUCAACGGUAAUGGUUAGUGAAUCUAACCGAACUUGCUCUCUCAGAUCACAAGCUCAAUACAGCGCGCCGAGAAACAAAGCUUAAUCGGAUCCACUAUGGCGGAAUCGUCGGGGUCGACGUUGAUGGAUCUGAUGACAUCAGAUCCUUCGCCGGCACCAUCUGGAUCAGCGCCGACUCUUCCAGUUCCCUCCACUUCGUCGGCGCAGCAGCAGCCACCGCAGCCGACGACGGUCUCAGGGAAGACGUCGCUUGGGGAGAGGAAGUCGAAGCGAGCCACUCUCAUGCAGAUCCAGAACGAAACAAUUUCGGCCGCCAAAGCUGCUUUAAACCCCGUUAGAACAAACAUCAUGCCCCAAAAGCAAAAGAAAAAGCCGGUUUCAUACUCGCAACUAGCCAGGAGUAUUCACGAGUUGGCGGCCUCGUCCGAUCAGAAAAGUUCUCAGAAGCAGUUGGUGCAUCAUGUGUUUCCUAAACUGGCCGUGUACAACUCUGUGGAUCCAUCUUUGGCACCAUCUCUCCUCAUGCUUAAUCAGCAGUGUGAAGAUAGGAGCGUGCUACGCUAUGUAUAUUAUUACUUGGCCAGAAUUCUGGGAGACACAGGUGCCCAAGGUUUAAGUUCAGGCGGUGGGAUCCCAACUCCAAAUUGGGAUGCUCUGGCUGACAUUGAUGUUGUUGGAGGGGUGACGAGAGCUGAUGUUGUUCCAAGAAUCGUAAAUCAGCUUUCGGCUGAAGCUUUGAAUCCUGACGUGGAAUUUCAUGCACGGAGAUUACAAGCUUUGAAGGCCCUUACAUAUGCUUCUUCAAGCAACACUGAAAUCUUAUCCAAGUUGUAUGAGAUUGUUUUUGGCAUACUUGAUAAGGUGGCUGACGCGCCGCAAAAACGUAAGAAAGGUGUUUUUGGGACUAAAGGUGGUGAUAAGGAGUCCAUCAUCCGAAGUAAUUUGCAAUAUGCUGCCCUAAGUGCAUUAAGAAGACUUCCUCUUGAUCCUGGGAAUCCAGUUUUCCUGCAUCGUGCUGUGCAGGGGGUUUCAUUUGCUGAUCCUGUUGCUGUGAGGUAUGCUUUGGAGAUUAUCUCUGAGUUGGCAACAAGAGACCCUUAUGCAGUUGCUAUGGCACUAGGAAAGCUUGUAGUUCCGGGAGGGGCUUUGCAGGAUGUCCUUCAUUUGCAUGAUGUGCUUGCUAGAGUUUCCCUGGCAAGGUUGUGCUAUUCAGUAUCUAGAGCUCGAGCACUAGAUGAGAGACCUGAUAUAAAAUCACAGUUCAACUCGUUGCUCUAUCAACUCCUUCUGGAUCCCAGUGAAAGAGUCUGUUUUGAGGCGAUCUUAUGCGUGUUGGGGAAGUAUGAUAAUACAGAAAGGACUGAAGAGCGGGCAGCUGGGUGGUAUCGUUUAACCAGGGAAAUCCUGAAGUUACCAGAAGCACCAUCUAAAGACAAAUCUCAAAAGACAAGGCGUCCACAACCCCUUAUCAAACUCGUAAUGAGAAGGUUGGAGAGUUCCUUUCGUAGUUUUUCAAGGCCAGUACUUCAUGCAGCAUCAAGAGUUGUUCAGGAGAUGGGGAAAAGUCGUGCUGCUGCAUUUGCUCUAGGCAUACAGGAUAUCGAUGAAGGAGCUCAUGUCAAUGCAUUUUCAGAGAGUGCAGAUUCACUCGAUUCAGACAUUAAUCCAACCUCGCACCCUGAAGGUAUCAGAAGAACCUCCUCUAUUUCUAAUGGAGCUGGAGGCAAGGAUUCUAUUGCAAGUUUACUAGCUUCCUUAAUGGAGGUAGUGCGGACAACUGUAGCAUGUGAAUGUGUAUACAUUCGAGCAAUGGUGAUAAAGGCAUUGAUAUGGAUGCAAAGCCCCCAUGAAUCAUUUGAUGAAUUAAAAUCCAUCAUUGCAUCGGAGCUCUCCGAUCCAUCUUGGCCAGCAACGUUAUUGAAUGAUAUUCUGCUGACUCUACAUGCUCGUUUUAAGGCAACUCCAGAUAUGGCUGUCACUCUUCUUGAAAUAGCGAGGAUUUUUGCUACUAAAGUUCCAGGAAAGAUUGACGCUGAUGUGUUACAACUACUAUGGAAAACAUGCCUUGUUGGAGCUGGUCCUGACGGGAAACACACAGCUUUGGAAGCAGUCACAAUAGUUCUUGACCUGCCACCUCCCCAGCCGGGGUCUAUGUUGGGUCUUACAUCAGUAGACAGGGUAUCUGUAUCUGAUCCAAAAUCGGCACUUGCGUUGCAGAGAUUGGUUCAAGCAGCAGUAUGGUUCCUUGGAGAGAAUGCAAAUUAUGCUGCUUCUGAAUAUGCUUGGGAAUCCGCAACCCCUCCUGGUACAGCACUAUUGAUGUUGGAUCCAGAUAAAAUGGUGGCUGCUGCUAGUUCGCGUAACCCAACCUUAGCUGGUGCAUUGACUAGACUCCAGAGGUGUGCUUUCAUUGGCAGCUGGGAGGUUCGAAUUGUUGCUGCCCAAGCUCUUACUACCAUAGCAAUCAGGUCUGGAGAGCCUUUUAGGCUCCAAAUCUAUGAAUUCUUACAUGCUUUAGCACAAGGUGGGGUGCAGUCUCAAUUAUCAGAAAUGCACCUCAGCAAUGGGGAGGAUCAAGGAGCUAGCGGUACAGGGCUCGGAGUUCUAAUAAGUCCCAUGAUCAAGAUUCUUGAUGAAAUGUAUAGAGCACAGGAUGAAUUGAUCAGGGACAUACGCAACCAUGACAAUGCAAAUAAAGAUUGGACAGAUGAAGAACUCAAGAAACUUUAUGAAACCCAUGAGAGAUUGCUGGAUAUGGUUUCGUUGUUUUGUUUUGUUCCAAGAGCCAAGUACUUACCUCUCGGGCCAAUAAGUGCAAAGCUUAUUGAUGUCUACCGCACAAAGCACAACAUAAGUGCAUCAACUGGUUUGAGCGAUCCAGCUGUUGCAACUGGAAUUUCCGACCUUAUUUAUGAAUCCAAGCCAACAGCCUCUGCCGAGCCUGAUGCACUUGAUGAUGACCUAGUAAAUGCUUGGGCAGCUAAUCUCGGUGACGAUGGCUUGUUAAGAAAUAAUGCACCAGCGAUGAAUAGGGUCAAUGAAUUUCUUGCUGGCAUUGGAACUGAUGCUCCAGAUGUUGAAGAGGAGAAUAUCGUUGCAAGGCCUUCAGUUAGUUAUGAUGAUAUGUGGGCGAAGACACUCUUGGAGUCUUCAGAGUUGGAGGAAGAUGAUGCAAGGUCAUCUGGAUCAUCAUCGCCGGGGUCAGUAGGUUCUGUUGAGACCUCCAUAUCAUCCCACUUUGGUGGGAUGAACUAUCCUUCAUUGUUCAGUUCACGGCCAUCCACCUAUGGGGCUUCAAAUACCUCGGAGAGGCCAGCUGCAAACAGGUAUGGCAGUUCAUCAUCAAUUUAUGAGGGUGUAAGUUCUCCGAUUAGAGAAGAACCUCCCCCUCCGUCUUACUCAUCAGCUGUGGCACAAAGUUACGAGUUUGACAACCCCUUAGCUGGGCAUGGUUCACGGAGUUUUGGAUCGCGGGAAGAGGAUCAAGCUUCUUCUAAAGCUUCCCAAUUUGGAUUGGCACUCUACGACUUCACUGCAGGUGGAGAUGAUGAGUUAAAUUUAACAGCAGGAGAAGAGGUUGAAAUCGACUAUGAAGUGGAUGGGUGGUUUCAUGUGAAGAAGAAACGCCCUGGGAGGGAUGGAAAGAUGGCUGGUCUUGUCCCGGUCCUCUAUGUCAGUCAAUCUUGAGAUGGUUUAACUUUAUAGAAACGUGUUAUCCUACGUCAUUCUAAUCUGUCAGAUUUUUCCUGGAAAAUUGGCUUAAAUUACUGACAUAUCACCCUACCUGGAGGCGAAGUGGUUUGCCGGAUGUUAUACAACUGGUAAGUUGACUUUGAUCGACACCUUGCGGGUCAAGUUUUCAUGGUGGUCAACUUCUCUGGUGUUUGCAAGGGUUGCAGAGUAUCUGAUGUUUUUUCCCAGAGGAGUUCGAUAUAGAUGUGCCAUUGCAUUGAAUCUUAAGUUUAUAGGUGUCGGUCUUGUUUGUACCAUAUACAUGCCUCGCACAUCGUUCAUUUAUCGUAUGGCAAAUUUGAUUUGUGAUGUAGAGUUCCCAAUUUUUCUGAUUGAUGUAGUUUAAAUGAUUAGCUUCUCCUGUUAUGUUAUUAUCUUAUUUGAUAUAGAGCUGUUGGUAAUGUACUUGCUCUAGUUUUGUUAGGAGCGAAAAAUUCUUGUAAAAAAUGUCUAUGGAGUCGAAAAACUUGUUGAGUGGCCACUAUUUUUUCCCAACAAAUUACGUUUGAUUCGUAGAUUUUUGUUGGUGGAUCACAUGAAAGACUGAUUUGAGCCUA